GCGCUGCGAGGUCCUCCUGCACUCACAGGACGCAUGAGAGCUGAGGACAGUCGGAGCAAACUGAAGCAAAGCUGGUGUUAAAGUCAGUCUACCUCCCAGAGCGACCAUGAGAGUCCUCCUGCUCAUCUGCAUGCCAGUUCUGCUGCUCGCCCAGGCUCAGUACCAGGAACCGUUUCCUUUUUUGGAGGACUAUGGGCCAGAUUAUUUUCCAGAAAAUCCUGACUCCGGCAAUCCUGAUUCUCUUACUGGAACCUACCAGCAGCAGGUUCGACUGGAUCCAGUGGUCCGUCCAGAAAAAUCAGGGUCUGAUUUGGAGACGGAGCCCACGGAGCCCGGCCCUCUUGAUUGCAGAGAGGAGCAGUAUCCCUGCACCAGACUCUACUCUGUUCACAAGCCAUGCAAGCAGUGCCUGAACAGCCUCUGCUUCUACAGUCUGCGACGGGUGUACGUCAUCAACAAGGAGGUUUGCGUGAGGACUGUGUGCGCACAUGAAGAGCUGCUCAGAGCGGACCUGUGUCGCGAUCAGUUCUCUCGCUGCGGCGUGGCGGCGCUGAGCGGCCAGUGUGCGUCACUAGGAGGAAGCUGCGGGAAGAGCUGCGGCGGCUGCUGAUUGAGUUCAGAGAUCAGG